AUGUGGCCAGACUUGAUUAAGAAGUCCAAGGAGGGUGGACUAAACACAAUUGAGACUUACGUCUUUUGGAAUGUGCAUGAGCCAGUUCGUCGUCAGUAUGAUUUUACUGGAAAUCUUGACCUUGUUAGAUUUCUCAAAACAGUUCAAGAUGAAGGACUUUAUGCUGUUCUUCGAAUUGGUCCAUAUGUUUGUGCCGAAUGGAAUUAUGGAGGACUUCCCGUUUGGCUGCACAACUUGCCUGGCUGUGAGAUCCGAACCGCAAAUGAUGUCUACAUGAAUGAGAUGAAGAAUUUUACCACAUUGAUUGUUGAUAUGAUGAAAAAAGAAAAGCUUUUUGCAUCUCAAGGUGGCCCAAUUAUUAUUGCUCAGAUUGAAAAUGAAUACGGAAAUGUGCAAUCAUACUAUGGAGAUGCUGGUAAAGCAUAUAUGAACUGGUGUGCAAAUUUUGCCGAAUCUCUCGACAUUGGAGUUCCAUGGAUUAUGUGCCAACAAAGUGAUGCUCCUCAACCAAUGAUGAACACAUGCAAUGGUUGGUACUGUGAUUCAUUUACUCCAAAUAAUGAGAACAGUCCCAAGAUGUGGACCGAAAAUUGGACUGGAUGGUUUAAGAGUUGGGGUGGCAAAGAUCCACUUAGGACUGCUGAGGAUCUUGCUUUCUCUGUUGCAAGAUUUUUCCAGCUCGGAGGCACAUUUCAGAACUACUACAUGUAUCACGGUGGAACAAACUUUGGCCGAACAGCAGCUGCGUACAUCACUACUACUUAUGAUUACGAUGCUCCUCUCGACGAAUAUGGCAACUUGAACCAACCAAAAUGGGGGCAUUUGAAAGAACUCCAUCAGAUUUUGAAAUCCAUGGAGUAUACUCUCACACAUGGGAAUGUCACAACCACAAAUUUUGACAAUUCUGUUUCAGCCACUGUGUACGCAACAAAUGAGUCAUCAAGCUGCUUUUUGGGCAAUGCAAAUAGCACAACUGAUGCUACAAUCACUUUUGAAGGGAAUACAUACACCAUUCCUGCUUGGUCUGUUAGUAUUCUUCCUGAUUGCAAAACAGAAGGAUACAACACUGCAAAGGUCAACACACAAACAACAGUUAAGGUGAAGGUAGUGAACAAGGCUGAAGAUGAACCCGAAUCACUUGCUUGGUCGUGGAGGCCCGAGACCAUUGAUGACACCAGAGUCCUUGCAAAGGGAGAAAUUACUGCAAAUCAACUUUUGGAUCAAAAGGUUGCUGGAGAUGAUGCUAGUGAUUAUCUUUGGUACAUGACAAGUGUUCAUCUCAAGAAAGAUGAUCCAAUUUGGAGUAAGAACAUGACUCUAAGGGUCAAUGGCACCGGUUUCAUUCUUCAUGCAUAUGUUAAUGGAAAAUAUGUUGGUUCUCAAUGGGCUCAAUACAACGUCUACAACUACGUAUUUGAGAAGAGUGUCAAGUUACUUCCUGGCAAGAACAUUAUUUCGUUGUUGAGUGCUACUGUUGGAUUUCCGAAUUACGGAGGUGGAUUUGAAGAGAUCAAAACUGGAAUUUCUGGUCCAGUUGUACUGGUGGGACAAAAUGGUGAUGAGAUUGUGAUCAAGGAUCUAUCAGCACACAAAUGGUCAUACAAGGUUGGACUUCAUGGUUUGAAAAACAAGCUUUUUAGCACCGAUUCUCGUUACGCUACUAAGUGGUCAACGGAAAACUUACCCGUUAACCGGAUGCUGACAUGGUACAAGGCAACUUUCAAAGCUCCUCUUGGAACUGAUCCAGUUGUGGUGGACUUACAAGGUUUGGGAAAGGGUCACGCUUGGAUCAAUGGCCAUAGUAUUGGCCGGUAUUGGCCGAGUUAUUUGUCAUAUGAUACUGAUUGUAGUCUCGAUGCUUGUGACUACCGUGGUUCAUAUGAUAACAACAAGUGUUCCUUCAAUUGUGGCAAUCCUACCCAAAGAUGGUACCACGUUCCUCGAUCAUUUAUGGAAGAUGGAGAAAAUACAAUUGUGUUGUUUGAGGAGUUUGGUGGCAAUCCAUCUCUUGUGAAUUUCCAAACCAUCCAAGUUGGAACUGUCUGCGCCCAUGCAUACGAGAAGCACACAGUGGAAUUGGCAUGCGAAGGUCGUCCCAUUUCUGCAAUCAAGUUCGCUAGCUUUGGUAAUCCCCGAGGAACCUGUGGAUCAUUUGAGAAAGGCAGCUGUGAUUCUGGAAGUGCAUUGUCGAUCCUUAAAAAGGAAUGCGUGGGCAAAGAGAAGUGCUUGAUCAAUGUUUCUCAGAGCAAAUUUGGCUUGACAAACUGCGGUGAUGCCGUGAAGAGGCUGGCUGUGGAAGCUGUUUGCUAA